AUGGCUGCCGGGCCCUCCUUAUGGCGGCCUCUGGCAUACACGUCCAAAUUUAUACCAAUUAAGCCGGCUGUGUCUCCCUUGCUCCUGACCAGGCGAGCUCCUUCGACCAGCAGCUCGCGCCUUAUCCGACAGUUCUCAGACACGCCAUAUCACGAGCCGCUCCGGAUUCUCUUCUGCGGCUCCGACGCCUUUAGCUGCGCGUCCCUGCAGGCGCUCCACGAUGUCAUGCUGCAGCAAAAGACCGACGGAAUGGCUGUGUCUCCCGACCGGCCCGGCCGCAUUGCUUCUCUUGAUGUCGUCGUCCGCCCCGCCAAGCGGAGUGGCCGUGGGAUGAAGCAGGCCGUAGACAGCCCCGUCAAAGUUCUGGCCACGCAGCUGGGCCUCCCCAUCCACGAGCGCGACACGUUUACCGGCUGGACGCCGCCGCCUGCCGCGUCCGGUCGCGGCAUCAACCUUGUCGUGGCCGUCUCGUUUGGCCUGUUUGUGCCUCCGCGGUUGCUGCGCGCUGCGCGCUUCGGUGGCCUGAACGUGCACCCGUCGCUGCUGCCCGACCUGCACGGCGCCGCCCCGAUCGAGCACGCGGUGCUGCUGGGCCGGACGCGCACGGGCGUGACCGUGCAGACGCUGCACGAAACGACCUUUGACGGCGGACGGCGGCUGCUGCAGGGCCCCGUCGAGGGCCACAACAAGGUCAAUGCCGAGCACCCCCUUGGCAUCGCCCUCCCAGGCCGCGUGACGGCGGCCGACCUGCACGAGAAGCUGGCCCCCAUUGGCGCGCACUUGUUGAGCGACGUGCUGCAGAGGGGUCUCUACCUGCCCGAGCGUGCGUCGGAGACGCCGGUCACGUACACCCCGCCAUUCCCUCCCGCAGCCGCGCCGAAACUGAGCAAGGUCGACCGGCAGGUGGUGUGGCGUCACGUGCCGGCGGUGAGCGCGGUGAACGCGGUGAACGCGGUGAACGCGGUGAACGCGGUGACCGCGACCCAAACGACAUCCGCCGACAUUGACCGCCGAGCGAGGGCGUUGGGUGCCCUGUGGACACACUUGGAGACGCGACCGUCGUCGUCCAGCACUCCUAGCGGUCAACGCAAGCGGGCCAUCCUCGACAACAUGGACCUCGUAUCGUGUCCGACUGCUCUCCGCGAAGCGUUGCGGACUGCUUUGGUAGCAGGCCAGGGCGGCGAAUGGCCAGGUGACGGCGUGAAGACGCUGACGUUUGUGCAAGAUGCGGCCGGACAACAAGAACAGCAGCAGCAACAGCAACAGCAACAGCAUGUGACGCUCCCCUUUGUUGUAGACGGGGAGAGCAUUGUCGUGCCCGUGGGCGUGGAUCGCACAGACCUGGACAAUGGACACGCCUGUCUGCGGAUCGGCUCUAUUAAGAUCGAGGGCUACGGCACAAAACCCGCUGCGCGGGCCGUUGGGGCGUUCUCACGUACGACCGCGUUUGCCAAGGACAUUUCCUGGGACGUCGCCUUGCGUGGUUGA